AUGAAAUAUCCGAAAAUCGACAUCGAAGCAUGCAAAAGUAUUCUUGUUUUAGAUGCAGAAAAAGCCAAGAAAAGUAUAUCCAAUGGACACAAAUCUUCAACAAUAUCAUUGAGAAUUGAAAACGAAAUUAUUGAAUACACAUUUAUGAAAAAUAAGUUGGAAAAAAUUCUUGAUCCUCUUAUUCAGCGAACAAUCACAAUUAUUAGGAGAUUGCUGAAUUCACAUAAAGACGCAAAAGUUGAAUCUAUUCUUUUGGUGGGAGGCACAUCUAUGAUCUAUUACGUUAAAGAGUCUUUAGAACUUGAAUUUGAGGACGACAAUAUAAGAGUGAUCAAUUCUGUUGAUCCUUUGACAGCUGUUGCAAUUGGUGCUGCUCAAAAAGCAUUCUUUGAAUUCUACAAAAAACAAGAAGAAAUGAAUGGGAAUCAAAUUGUGCUUCCAAAAAAUUUCCCAAAGAAGAUGAUUGAAGCCGUGUCAAUAACAUAUGGAUUCGAAUGUUAUAUACAUGGUACAUAUGAGACAACCAUGAAGAAGAUGAUUAUGAAAGAUACAAAACUUCCAUCAGAGCCAAUUACUACCAUCACAAGCACUAGUUUUGAUAAUCAGGAAAAAAUAGAAUAUGAUAUUUUACAAGGCGAAAGUUUAGAAGAUUCAAGGAAAAUUGGAGAAUAUACCUUAACUGGACUUAGUGGAAACAAGAAGGCAGGUAAAGAAAAAGCAAGAGUAACAUUCCAAGUUGAUGAACAGAAUUGCUUACAUGUGAAAUUCCAAUUAUUGAAUAUUGAAGGAGCCAAAGAAGAAUCAAUGGAUAUAGAUUUAUCGAAAUUCCUUCCAAGCUAUGAAGUAGAGAACGAUCUCACAAAACUUACUAAACAGCAAAUUAAAGAAAGUAGAGAUAAAAUUGGAGCUGAUUCAAGAAAUUACGAUGAAGAACUUGGUGAAUUGCAAGCAAUAUUUGAGGAAUACCAAAACAAAGCCAGAAAAGGACAAAACAAAGAUGCAGUCAAAUUCUGUACUGAAAAACUCAAUUUCAUUGAUGAGGCAUAUUACAUUGAAGAUCAGGAUUCAAUAGAAAAUGCAAUUGAAGAAAUUCAAAAGGAAAAACGCAUUUUUGAACAGAAAUAUAAGAAUUUAUGUAAUUAG